GGAACGUCCCUACAUGUGUAGGGAAUGUGGGAAGAGCUUCAACUGCAGCUCUAGCCUCAGCAAACACCAGCGUUUCCACACUGGGGAACGGCCCUACACAUGUCAGGAGUGUGGGAAGAGCUUUAGGCAGAGCUCCGACCUCCUCAAGCACCAGCACAUCCACACUGGGGAACGGCCCUACAUGUGUGCGGAAUGUGGGAAGAGCUUCAGGCAGAGCUCCACCCUCUGCACCCACCAGCUCAUCCACACAGGGGACCGGCCCUACAAGUGCUUGGAAUGUGGGAAGAGGUUUAGGACCAGCUCAGAUCUCCUAAAGCACCAGCGGACGCACACGGAUGAGAGGCCCUUCCCUUGCACCGACUGUGGGAAGGGCUUCAAGCAGAAUUCCCACCUCAUCACUCACCGGCGCAUCCACAGCAGGGAGAGGCCCUACAAGUGUGGGGUGUGUGGGAAGAGCUUCACCCAGAGCUCUGCCUUGACCGAACACAAACAGACACACCGCUAAGGGAAGCCCUGUGAGUGCCCCGACUGCGGGAAGAGCUUCGGCCGUAGGACUGACAUUUUUGAGUAUCUGCACUCCAACAUCAGUUUAUUCUUUUGAAUAUGUGUAAGUUUAACCUCAUUUUAGUCUGAAAGCCAAAUUCACCACUACCCCAUUCCCUGAUAACCGUGGGCUGAUUCUGACAAGUGAGGCACAAAUUACCCACUGCCCAGCAAAAACCAGUGGGGCCAGCCAGUGGUCUCUGCCCUGGCAGCCCAGUUUCCCCAGUCUCAUCUCAAAAUGACCAGUUACACUGAAGCAAAGAGCACUGGAACCAGUGCAACAAGCCCCAGUCUGACUUUCACACCUGCCCACGUGUCCUGUUUCUGCUGCUCUACAGACUUCCUUGUUUAAAAUACAAUGGAAAAAUGAA